GCCUACUACUAUGCACAGCAUAAUGAAAAAUGAGAUACAGACAAAAGUGUGUAUGACGUGGCAGAGUAUGAUUGGUUGAAAGAAACAGAUUGUCGGGAUGAAGUGGUAGCACAGUCGACGACGGAUAUGGUAUAAAGAAAUAAAAUCUAGGGUUGAUGAGCCACCGUGUAUCGAUCCUCUCUUCUCAUUUAUCUCCCGUCAUGGCUUCAGAGAAAGAGGCUGCUUUAGCCGCCACUCCUUCCGAUUCUCCCACCAUAUUUGACAAGAUCAUCAGUAAAGAAAUUCCAUCCACAGUUGUUUUUGAGGAUGACAAGGUCUUGGCCUUUAGGGACAUAACUCCACAGGGUCCUGUUCACAUCCUCCUCAUUCCAAAAGUGAGGGAUGGUUUAACUGGCCUCUCUAAGGCUGAGGAGAGGCACAUCGACAUCUUGGGCCGCCUUCUCUACACUGCCAAGCUUGUAGCCAAACAAGAAGGCCUAGAUGAAGGUUUCAGAAUUGUGAUCAACGAUGGUCCUCAAGGCUGUCAGUCGGUGUAUCACAUUCAUGUUCAUCUCAUUGGAGGACGCCAAAUGAACUGGCCUCCUGGCUAAAAGGGUUUGAUCAUCUACUAGUGAUUGUUGUCCUGGUUAUAAGAGGAACCCUACCCUGAGUUUGCUAUUGUCUUCUUCUUUCUGAAUAAAAAGAGUGUGACAUAACUUUUUAUGAUUGUUAUGCGAAACCUUGGUCUAUGGUUUGAAGAGAAUAUUUGACUGUUCUCUUUUCUGGAACCCUCUUUUUUAUUGUUGACUUGGUAAAACAUUUCAAUGGUAAAAAAGCGUCAAAUAAAUGAGUGAAUGUUAGAGA